GCGAGCUCCCUUCCUGUGGGCAAGGCCGACAGCGGAGCCGAGCGCCGGCCGAGGCCCGGGCCGGCCGCCCCCGCUCCGCUCGCCCAUGGCGGAGACCAAGAUCAUCUACCACAUCGACGAGGAGGAGACGCCGUACCUGGUGAAGCUGCCCGUGCCGCCGGAGAAAGUCACGCUGGCCGAUUUCAAAAAUGUCCUCAGCAACCGGCCCGUGCACAGCUACAAGUUCUUCUUCAAGUCCAUGGACCAGGAUUUCGGGGUGGUGAAGGAAGAGAUCUCAGAUGACAAUGCAAAGCUCCCUUGCUUCAAUGGAAGAGUGGUGUCCUGGCUGGUCCUGGCUGAAAGCUCCCAUUCUGACACGGGCUCCCAGUGCACUGAGAGCCACACGGACCUUCCACCACCCCUGGAGAGGACAGGAGGCAUCGGAGACUCCCGGCCCCCAUCAUUCCACCCCAACGCUGCCAGCAGCAGGGAUGGCCUGGACAACGAGACAGGAACAGAGUCCGUGAUGAGCCACCGGCGCGAGCGGCACCGGCGGAGGAAUCGCGAAGGCCACGAAGAUGUCCCCAGGAUCAAUGGGCACCCCAAGCUGGACAGGCACCGUGAGCAACCCCCUGGCUAUGACAGCUCCUCCACCAUGAUGAGCAGUGAGCUAGAGUCCAGCAGCUUCAUCGAUUCUGAGGACGAUGACAACACCAGCAGGCUGAGCAGCUCCACGGAGCAGAGCACCUCAUCCCGGCUCAUCCGGAAGCACAAACGCCGGAGGAGGAAACAGAGGAUGCGGCAGAUUGACAGGUCAUCUUCGUUCAGCAGCAUCACUGACUCCACCAUGUCCUUAAAUAUCAUCACUGUCACACUCAACAUGGAAAAGUACAACUUCCUGGGAAUCAGCAUUGUGGGACAGAGCAAUGACCGGGGUGAUGGUGGCAUCUACAUCGGCUCCAUCAUGAAAGGAGGGGCGGUGGCAGCGGACGGGCGCAUUGAGCCAGGGGACAUGCUGCUGCAGGUGAAUGAUGUCAAUUUUGAGAACAUGAGCAAUGAUGAUGCCGUUCGGGUUUUACGGGAAAUAGUCUCUAAACCAGGACCUAUCAGCCUAACAGUAGCCAAAUGCUGGGACCCUACUCCCAGGAGUUACUUCACCAUCCCCAGGGCUGAGCCGGUGCGGCCGAUCGACCCCGCGGCGUGGAUCUCUCAUACCACAGCCAUGACGGGAGCGUACCCCCGUUACGGUAUGAGCCCCUCCAUGAGCAUCACCACAUCUACCAGCUCCUCACUAACAAGCUCAAUUCCCGAGUCGGAAAAAUUAGAAGAAUCUCCCUUAACUGUGAAGAGUGACAUGGCUACUAUUGUCAAGGUCAUGCAGCUGCCAGACUCAGGCCUUGAAAUUCGGGACAGGAUGUGGUUAAAAAUCACCAUCUCCAAUGCAGUAAUAGGAGCAGAUGUGGUGGACUGGCUUUACACACAUGUGGAAGGCUUCAAGGACCGCCGGGAGGCCAGGAAAUACGCCAGCAGCAUGUUGAAACACGGCUACCUCAGGCACACUGUGAACAAAAUCACCUUCUCAGAGCAGUGCUACUAUGUCUUCGGAGAUCUCUGUGGCAAUCUGGCUGCACUGAACCUCAACAACGGUUCCAGCGGCGCCUCAGAUCAGGACACCCUGGCUCCACUCCCACAUCCCGCUGCUCCCUGGCCCUUGGGCCAAGGAUAUCCCUACCAGUAUCCUCUGCCCCCUCCUUGUUUCCCACCAGCCUACCAAGACCCAGGCUUUAGCUAUGGCAGUGGCAGUGCAGGCAGCCAGCAGAGUGAAGGGAGCAAAAGCAGCGGCUCGAACCGGAGCACCAGCGAGACCAGCAGGAGAGGAGCGGGCAGGGAGAAGGAGCGCAAGUCGGGGGGCAGCGGCAGCGAGUCGGAGCCCGGAGCGCGCCGGGAGCGGCCGCUGAGCCAGCUCAGCCAGCGCAGCCACGGCUCUGCCAGCGACAGGAGCCACCAGAGCCACCACUCGUAUGGGCCCCCGGGGGUGCCCCCCUUGUACAGCCUGCCCAAGCUGGGCUCCAAGGUGCUGGGCAGCAGCGGCCCGCCCGGAGGGCCCCCGGUGCGCGAGCUGAGCGCCGUGCCGCCCGAGCUCACCGGGAGCCGCCAGUCCUUCCAGAAGGCCAUGGGCAACCCUUGCGAGUUCUUUGUGGACAUCAUGUGAGAGGAAGUGCCUUCAAAAGACUCUGCACACGAG